CGAUUCCGCCGUCAGUACGCGUUUAGCUCGCCGCCGUUGUUGGGGGAGUGCGACUUUUACGGAGCGCAGUUGUCCGGUCGCCCAUCGUCUCGACUCUCGAGAUUCGGAACAGAGCGAGCGAGCCGUCGGUCGUUACUCGGAGAGACGGCGCGUAGCCUAUCAUCCUCCUUCUCGCGUUAUCCUUGCGCCUUGGAAGGAGACGCCGCGGUCGCGACGCACGAGUUUUCACCGCGCGGUCGUACGUAGAAAUCGUCCUUUCGACGGCUGUCAUCGCCGAAAGGAUCCUUCCCUCUCUCGGGAGCCGAUCAGUCAUCGCUGACAUCGGCGUUGUUCGCGAGAACCCGGCGCGACGCAGGUCGACGUGCUCGGACGGAAUCGGUACUCUUCGUCGGGAACGAACGCGAGACGGACGGAGAGACGUAGAGCCGCCAGAGGGAGAGCAGCCGCCGGAGAGCGAGAGACGCGAUAACGAAUCGUAUCUUUUGCUCGCGCGCACGCACGCACGCAAGCAAGCACGCACGCACGCUUGCACGCACGCACGCUCCCUCGCUCGUUUAUUCGUUCGUUUGUCCGUUCGGUUGCUCGCUCGCUCGCCCGCUUUCGCGCCGUGUGUGCCCGCUGUCAGCCACCGCCACCGCUGGAACGGGAGCCUCUCGUGCGCGGGUCAAGCCUCGCCUAACUGCUCCUCCUCCCGGAUCCCGGUCGGCUCGAGCGGACCGACCGUCUCCUGCCCGAAAGUUUCUCCCGGAAUAUCGAUCAAAUAGGCUAAACCGAGCGAAAAACUACUCAGGCGAGAUCAGGGGUGAGAGAAAGGAGCAGCCAGUAGUGAAUUGAGGAGCAGAGAGACGGCGAGAGAAUCCCAACGUCAUCCGAAGUACGCGAAGAAGGUGCAGCUGUUUCGCGCGGCUAAAUCGGCGCAAGUGUGGCGGUGUUUAGGGGUGUGUUCGGGUGGCUGCGGUCGCCCAGGUAGUUAGAGGACCACUCGGUGCCGGUUGCUACCAGGUUGCCGUCGGUGACAACCAAGACGAAGACGACGAAGACGAGGACGAAGAGGAGGACGGCGGUGGCGGUGGUGGAGGAGGAGGUGGUGGUGGUGGUGGAGGAGGAGGGGGAGGAGGAGGAGAAAGCGGCAGAUACGGUGCUGGUGAAGGAGGCAGUGCCGGUGACGAUAGCAGUGUUAGUGGUAGUGGCGAAAGUGUUUACGGUGGUUGUGACGGUGGUGGUGUCGACUGCUGUGUUGGCGACGGCGACGGCCGCGGGUGCAAAGUGCAACGAGGAGAACGUGAUUAAGGAGACGGGGAGGAGGAGGAAGAAGAGGAGUUGCGCCAGGAGGCCGUCUCAUCUUCUUCGUGGCGACGGGGCCGCUACCUGGCCGCGCUGUUUAGCAGCAGCAGGUGAGAGAGGAAGUGCGUGAGGGUGGCAUUUGUGAAGGCAACGUGUAGCAAGAUGGGCUGUGCCAUGUCUGCGGAAGAGCGGGCCGCUCUGGCUCGCAGCAAGCAGAUUGAGAAGAAUCUCAAGGAGGAUGGCAUCCAAGCGGCCAAGGACAUCAAGCUCCUGCUGCUUGGAGCUGGCGAGUCCGGCAAGAGUACGAUUGUAAAACAAAUGAAAAUUAUCCACGAGAGCGGUUUCACGCCGGAAGACUUCAAACAGUACAGACCCGUCGUGUACAGUAACACGAUACAAUCUCUAGUCGCUAUUCUCAGAGCAAUGCCUAAUCUGGGCAUCAGUUUCUCAACCAACGAGCGAGAGACGGACGCAAAAAUGGUGUUCGAUGUAAUUCAAAGAAUGGAAGAUACGGAACCUUUUAGCGAAGAAUUACUGGCGGCUAUGAAAAGACUGUGGUCCGACAAUGGAGUACAGGAGUGCUUUGGCAGGAGCAACGAGUAUCAGUUGAACGACUCCGCAAAAUACUUCCUGGACGACUUGGAUCGAUUAGGAGCCAGGGAAUACCAACCAACGGAACAGGAUAUCCUCAGAACCCGAGUGAAAACGACGGGAAUCGUGGAGGUUCAUUUCUCCUUUAAAAACCUCAACUUCAAAUUAUUCGACGUAGGUGGUCAGAGAAGUGAACGUAAGAAAUGGAUACAUUGUUUCGAAGAUGUAACUGCAAUUAUCUUCUGUGUAGCGAUGUCCGAGUAUGAUCAAGUCUUGCAUGAGGACGAAACGACGAACCGAAUGCAGGAGAGCUUAAAGCUGUUUGAUUCGAUUUGCAACAACAAGUGGUUUACCGACACCUCGAUCAUCCUCUUUCUGAAUAAGAAGGAUCUCUUUGAGGAGAAAAUCCGCAAGUCUCCCCUUACAAUCUGUUUUCCUGAAUACGCCGGUGCGCAAGAGUACAGCGAGGCGGCUGCAUACAUACAGGCGCAGUUUGAAGCGAAGAACAAGUCGACCACGAAGGAGAUCUACUGCCACAUGACCUGUGCCACCGACACGAACAACAUUCAAUUUGUGUUCGACGCAGUUACAGACGUCAUUAUCGCCAAUAAUCUGCGCGGCUGCGGUCUCUAUUAGGCUAAUUCUAUAUUCUACCUUAAACGCAAACGGAGGAGGAAAGCGUUACCACGACACGGUUGGCCGGACGAUAUUCUUCAGCAAGUUCGGGACUCGUUUCGAUUCCGUUCGAGGCUCGACGAAGAAAGAGAGAGAAAGAAUGGAAAAAACGAUUCCUUUCGUUAUCAAAAUAUAGCGAAACAUUUUGUUUGUCUUAUAACUAACGAAUUCGAGAAAAAGCAGCAUCGUUAGUCGUUUUGUAACGUCGAUCGGAGAAACGGCAUGCUCUUCGGCAAAGGCAGCGAGGAAGAAUGAUCGAUUGUAGAAGAACCUCGUGCUCUAACAACCAGAAUAGCGAACCAUCUUUGGCUCCAAUCCUCGGACGGAGCAAAUUCUGCUCGUUUUUAUGAGAAACGAGAGCGAAGCGAGAUUGAAGGCGGAACCAGCAGUUUCACCAUCUCAGGACGUGCCAUAGGAAAGUGGAGACAAUCCGAUUCACGCGCUUGUGUCACCGAAAAAAUGCGUUCUUCUCCGUGGAACGUGUUAUAAAGUGCAUGUGUGUAUGAUUGUCGACGACCAUGAAAACGUGAAGGUUCUAUAGGAGACUGAAGGAUAUCACGGUUGCGAAUCGAAUUUGAUCGAAACAACAUCGGUGUAUUAUCUCGUUAGCAAAACCGACGCAAAACUCGUCGAGGCUCGAGCAUUUUUCCACCGCGAUCUUCGGCUUCAUUCUCGUUUCGCGAGGAACGCUCGAGUGUUCCACAAUACUCUACGCGAGGGGAGUCAUGCGUGCACGUCACGCACAUCAGUCGAAACCUUUUCCCACGAUUUUCGCACACAAACUAUUAAACGCACUCGGAGUUCCGUUUAUAGACACAUACACACACACACACACACACACACACAUAUAUAUUAUAUAUUGUCUCUUAUGUCUCUCCUUUUAUUCAGACGUACAUCCGCACGCGAUCGGACGUGAGACAAUAGUGCGUACCACCUUCUGAGAGCGUUGAGGGAGUACUUGCCAGAUCUGCAUUUUGAUAAGUAGAGAACAAUGGGGAAGCUACGCGGUGAAUUUUGUAACAUAAGAGAGUAACGUGUCAAUACCGCGAAGCCUUCAAGCUUGCUGAUUACUUCUUAACGUAACGUUAGGUCUUUUUUUUUACUUUACGUCAUCUCUGUACCGCGCAAUUACCAGCAUUAACGUAAACGACCGCACACAUCACGCACUCCGUGCCGGGAUACUCCCCGGCACAACGUUGUAGCCACUAUUAUCUGUACGCACAUACGUAAUACGCAUAAUUAUUUCGUAUCUAUUUCUUCAUUAGUUGAUCGUCAUUGAACGUCAUCGAUACUUUCGAUCGUUACACGCUCACGCGAGUUCAGAAUACGUACGGGAUGUCAAUCUGAAAUUCUCGCAGCUUUGAGUGAUCUGUUCGCCUUGCGAAAUUUCCUGAAAUAAUCUAAUACGGAAGUGAGAAAUUGUAUAACUUUAUGGAAAAUAAUUUGUUCUUAUCUGUAAUUGCAACUUGGGAAGAAAUUUUCCGUCAUAGUGGAAACUUUUUGCGCGAGAGUAAUUACCGAAAACCGAAACGUUAUUAAAAUUUCACGUUGGCGCUCUGUACAUUGGAGCAGAGGCGUACAUGGACAGGGUGUACAGGGUGUCGUUUUUCGAGGUUGGUCAUAAAAAAGAAUUAAAUACCAUUACCGAGACACAGAUUCUGAGUUUUAGCAUCCUGUGUACGUGUGCAAGCGCUAUAUGCGAUUCGCGGGAAUCCUCUCUUCGAGAGUGUAUUUUUCUAAGCGCUUUGUUUUCUUCCCUUUCGUUUUUUCCUACGGGGUGUAUCGACAAUACCGAUGAUUAAGUUCGACAUAUGGGCGAGGGAGGGGAGAGCGAGAGGCGGGGGGAACUACUUUGUACGAGAGCAAGGCACACAUGGGACCUCAUACUUAGGCGCGUGUACCAGCACGUGUGUAACGCGUUCCGGAACAGGCGUAAAUCUCGUUGCGCACAAUCGUAAUGUACUCGGCUAUCUCGCGUAUGUUAUAUUUUAUUACACAAAACUACUACUGGGGAUAUACGGACAGGAGAGAUGGCCGGCGACGCAUCGUCACGCUGCGCUGUUCGAAUACCGCGAGAUGCGUGUCUCCUUGCGCGGUAUCACUACUUUCGCGGAGCAAGAGAGGGAAAUAAGGGAGCAACGAAGAUAAACGCGUGUGGGAAGAACAGUCACGGUAUUGUAUCUUAAUUAACACGCGAAUAUUAACAUGGAUAUUUGAAUUAGAUGAGAGAUCUCGAAAAAUUUCAAUCCUGAUGACACGCAGAAGUGGAAAACAAGGAUGGCAAUUGGCAUAAUUCCGGAUAGAAUUAAUUUUCCCAGCAACUUGUCACUCGUGAUACUUUGAAAUUUGGUGAAACUGUUCCUCCAUCCACGUGUCUCUCCUCGUUGACGAAUCAUACGAUGCAUUCUUCUUCGUCUCUGAAGUCUUUGUGUGCGAUUUUCCUCGUGACUUUCCGCGGCGCGUUUCGUCUUUUCGGUGAAUCAGUCAGUCCAUCUCUUUUCGUGAUCGUGUCCAGCAUACUUUCUUGAGAUCGCGAUCCCAUUUUGUCGUCCAACAGCGAUUCUGUCUGAGAUCAGUGCAAGGAAUCAUUGUCCUUGAAAGAGGAAUUUGGCGACAGAUCGGAUGGGCAUGAGUGUCGACAGCUGACGCUUUCGAGCACCCGUUGUCUACAAUAGUCGAGGUAUCGAGGCGUCACCAGCGGGAAAGAUGAAUGAGAUAAUUCGCGAUAAAUAGGCAUAAAGUAUUUAUACGGAAACCAAAAAGAAGAAAUAUGUAAGAGGUCUCGAAGAAGACGUACCAAAUAGCGCGUGCCAAUGCGCAUGACUUAACUCUUAGUCUAACAUUAGGGUACCGAACAGAGCCAUUAAGCUUUCUGUAUUCGAGAUAGAGAGCAAAAGAGGGAAUGAGCGAUAAAAGAUGAGGAGGCUGGUACAGUGAUCAUCGUAGUGCGAUACGAGAAGUCGAUCAGAUGCCAAUGAGCGUUGUUCUUCGAGCCCUUUCCCAAGCAUCAGCGACUUAAAAUGGUCAUAUUAAUUGUACUGUUUUAGUAAAUAUAGUUUAGCUAAUACGACCAUUUGCAUGGGAGUGUGAUGUGAACAAGAGCUCGGCUAAUCCGUACCGUAUUCGCGAAAACACGAAGAGAUGAUCAGUUGCACUAACCGAAUCCGGUUCAUUGCUGAUACUAUCGUAGCAUCGCGUGUGCGUGAAAUUGGCAGGGAGCAAAAUCGAACAACCUUGUCUGGGAAUUCCUUAUUCGAUGAUGGGCGAGGAGUCGCUCGAUGUUGCUCCCGAUUUUACGUGAACCUGCAAUUAGCACGAGGCAUCAAUCAACCGGGCAUAAUGUUUGAUCGUUAAGCUGCGAUUGUAAGUGGAGAUCGGCAUCUCUCGACUCUAGUCAUUCAUCGUGGGGACCUCAUCGAUGAGAUGUUUUACGAGACGCGUGCUGCGCGCGAUGGAGGGUAAAUUCUAUAAAUGAGAAUGGGAAGGGCGAAGAGAGAGAGAGAGAGAGAGAGAGAGAGAGAGAAAGAGAUAGAGGAGAGAGGAUACACACGCAUAAAUUUAAUUAUGUAAUGUUGAUAGAUAUCAAGCGGCACAAAACGCUGAGGAUAUGUGUUGUUUAAAACGCGCGGGGAAGAGGGAGGGGAUACGCGAGAAUAUAUUUGUAAGUCUACCGAUUUACUGCGUUACUAGCGUAUAAAUGAUUCAACAUUAAAAAAAACGAUGUAAGCGAUGAUGUUUCUGUGUACACGUGCGGGACGCAUAAUCCCUCAGUGACGAAACGGGCGAAAACUAUGCACGAGUGAGCGAUUCUUGAUGAUCGGCGCGGUAGCGCGCGGCAUCAAUGGGAACACGGGAUAGCCGCAGGAUCGGUAUCGGGAUGGAAAAGUCUUCGGCGGAAAAGAAAUUCGAUAAAAAGAGGAGACGAGUGAGAGUAACUACUCGCCUGCGUUUAGCUUCUUGUGAGCACAGCGAAGGCAAGAGAUCGGUAUCGGCGAGGCGAGAAUCGGUACUAUUGGAGGCCCGGAAAGAAGUCGGCAUUGGAGAGAAGCGAAUCGGUUCCGACCGGUGAUCGUAAGAGACCGGCAAGCGAGAUCGCGACAUGGGCAAGUCGAUCACGUUGCGACAAUGCGAGAGGUGGACACGUCCCGAGUACAUAAUACGUAAUACUGUAUUACGAUGAUGUAACAUGGUAUAGUAAUAAUAUAGUAUCGGAAGGUGAUAUUGUAUUAAAUAAAUAUGUGUAAACACGCACAUGAUAUCGCGUAUAUGUAAUAUAUGCUUGGGACACGGAGGCGCCUCAUCGCGUACCGCUGCAUAUCUUGCACAACGUGCAUAACACGCGUGUCGCAUUCGGAUCGACGGGCCUCACGAUCGUUUCCUUCCGCGUCUUCUGCCCCGCUGUUUAUCACGGCACGCACGUGCGAGAGAGUGAGCUCUCUCCUCUCGAGACACAUCAGCGACGCACACACUUCAUCUCGUUUUCGCGGCACCGAUCAUUCGUCUCACAACGGAUCACAGUAGGCUUCAGUAUUCGAUCGAGCGCGAUGAUCCACUAAUCUCGGAUAAUCUCGCCAAGGUGGCCUAGUUCGUGUUUCAGACUCCGAAUUUUUCUUUUGUCAAGUUGAUGAUAGGAUAUAUAAAACUACGAAAGUGGAAAAGUUGUUGAAAAGACAUAUGGACUCCUUUUAGAGAUCUUCGCGAUGUCACUUAGAUUUGUAUAGGAUUUGUUUGAGAUGACGAUAUACAUGAAUUUGAAUAUUUAUUUCAGAGAUUCUUUACCGCUUUCAUUUUAUUUCAUAUUGUUUUAUUUCAUUUUAUUUUUGUAGGAGGGAAUUAUCUUAAUCUGUUAUAUACCGGAUAAUCUUUAUUCAGGUAUGUCCUAAGGAUGUUUGCACUUAUUGAUAUGGCGAUUGCGCGCAAUGAUUCAUGUCAUUUUCAUAUCAAUCUGCGAAUCGCGGUGAACAAGGAUGCGCAACGGAAAUUCUGAUCGUGAUUGCGUUAAUAAAAUUAAAUUAGAAGUGCGGAAUUGAGCAUUCGAGGAAUUCCUACGAAGGAUUUUUCCGAUAUAGAUUGAAUUCUCAUUGAUAAAAACGGACUUACAGUGCGCAGUAAGUUUAGAAUAGCGCAUUUAUGCUUCGCGAAGUGAGAUUGAUGAGGAAUUUUAUUCUUCGUAUUUGUGUUUAUUGCGAUAGUACGGGACACUCACGUGAAAACGUUGCAAUUUUAUAGCAUGAAACUUUGCAGCAUGGAACGAUAAUUGUUUAUGAUUAUUUUUACAUCAUAAAUUUCAAUUUAAUUACUAUUUAUUUAGUUGUAUUGAAAAUAUCUUUGUCGAUAUCUCGGUUAUUAAUGAUAUUUAAAUCUACUUUUGCUUGUAGCAAAUUAAAAUUGCGAAGUUUUCACGAAUUAGAGUUUAGAACCAAUUCAUACGCGGACAGCUUUGUCUAUACUGCCCGUAUAUAAACGACGCAACGUACGACUUAAUUUCGCUUGGUGAAACAGUGUCCGAGACGCGAUUCUUUUUUUAUUUUGUAUUAUCAUCCCUAAGAUUAGAGUGUUACUGACUGUAGUCUCGCGAUAACGUAGCUGUAUUAUUCAUUAUUCACCAUGAAUGCCAUAUUGUUGUAAAAUUAGCUUGAUACAUAGUCGAUAGAAGCUAUCCUGACGAGUAAUACGUAUACAUAUGCAUACAUACAUAUAUAUGUAUAUGUAUAUGUAUACGCACAGACAUAUAUAAAUAUAGAGAGAGAUACGUAUUAGAGUUAUACUACUGCUAAGUCAUAUUUUUAUGUGUACAUGUGCGAACAAAUGGAUGAAUGGAUGCGCGUACGUGUGUAGCAUUUCUAGUCACGUAAUCGAACCAAAAACGUAACAAAACUAAAUGUCUAACGCGUACAUGUACGUACACGUGUAUACCUGAUAUCGUUCGCUCGUUUAAGUUUGUGCGCGGUGUGUCUCAGAUUCGCCGAGAAAUAUUUUACAAAUGAAUCUUUCGCACUGUGGAACUACAAUUUAGUGAGUGUCUGUGUACUAAAAUUAAUAAGAUUGUGUUUGAAUUUAAAUUAAGUUACAUUUGCAAUGUAAAAAUCCCGUUUGAAGUAAUCGAUAAAUAAAAAUGCUUUUUUUUCUUUUCUUUUAUUUAAUUUUCGGUAAAGCCUAUCUUGCCAAAAGUUUGAAAAGUUGAAACAUUUUCAAGUGAUCGUCUUUCUCGAUUUUAGUCUGCUUUAAAAAUUUGGUCUCAGAUUGAUCGAUGCAUGUGUAUCUCGUAAAGUAUUUCUCGAUAAGUGUGACUAUCCUGCGUGUAUCAGGCGCGCUUCUCACGUGUGAGGAGGACACGGGAGGAAAGAAUUGCGAUUGAUUGAAACACGGUGUGGAGGAUCGCGCCAAUCUUUAGAGACUGUGAGCUGUAAAACAUUGCAUUUCCAAGCUGAUUUUCUACCAGAGAUUACUUUUUAUCCGAUCUACUUAUUUUUUUAUUGUUGUAUUAUUUUCCUUUUAAUCUGUCCUUUUUUUUAUGUCGCGGAAGAGAGGAGGAAGUUGAGAGGACGCGACUAGGCCGCCUUGAAGGAUUCGCUCUUAUGGAAGAGGUUGAAGGGAAUGACAGAGGAUCUUUUGAACAAACAUGGCCUCCCGAUGAAAAUCCAUUAUAAUAACGAUUAUAAUGCGAAGCGAGGUGAAAUUUACUGUGCUGACAACAACCGCGACAUGUUCGCUAUCAUGCACUAUCAUAUGAAACAAACAAUUGUGCUCUCUUUGCCGUUAUUACGGUCGAGAGCGAGCAAAAUGCAGUAAAUUGAGUGGAAAGAUUAAUUAUAACGUUAUAUCGUAAUUAUAAUAAUUAAUGGUAAUUAUUAUAUAAUACAAUGGUAAUGAUAAAGAUAAUUAAAGAAAAGGUGAAUAAUAAUGUUUAAUUGACGAUCAAUAAUCAAGAGCGCACGUAUUUCAUGAUGCAUUCAUAGUUUAAUAAUCAUUAUUUGAUUUCCGUUGUGAAAGAAUGCUAUGUAAGAAUCUUAUUAAGAAGGAAUGAUCAACUGUGGGAUGAAAAACUGGAAUCCACUCAUUAUAUAAAGUUACCACCAUGGAGAAUCUUUCAUUAUAUAAAAUUAUUAUGUAAUAAUUGUCCAUACAUCUUAAAAUGUCAAAAUAAAGUAAUAAUGAAGAAAA